UACGUGAACCUCAUAUUCUCCAGACCUACAUCACCACUGAGUGUAUUUGCCCAUUUGGAUGUAAAAAAAAAAAGGGAUCUGAUGCUGAACGCUGGCUUCUUUAGGAGUGAGAUCUUUGGACUUGGUCUCUCAUGACAGAUGCCCAAACUGAGGCAGUGACGUGUGUGCAGCGAUCCAUAGAGAAGGAGAUGACAGCUGAGCGGGUUGACAUGGCCACCCCAGACAAUCUGCUGUUCCUGGACACAGAUGCUGUCAACUCUUCCUUCGCUUCACCGCCCAUAGAGCGAAAUGAGCCCGCUCGUGCCACGGACAACCAGACAGACGACAGCUUUAGUUCAGUCCCUGAUCAACACCCUGAUCCAGACUCAGGAAGCUCAGGAUUAAUGCCUGUUCCGUGCCAGGAUGGGACCACUGAAAUCCAUAAUACAAACAUUGAAAAGGAAAAUGAGAGUGGUUUAGUCUUAACACAGCCCCUGGAUCACACCGAAAGGAUAGAAAUGACAAAAAAUACUGCUGCUGUGAUGGAGAAUAACAGUAUCACAAACAGUACUAAUAUCCCUAGCCUAGUUCAACUACUGCAUGGAAGUCAAAAUGACUUCCAUGGUAACUCAAACAUUAAAGAGGAUUCAAAUGAGGCUCAUGGCAUUUUAAUGAGUUCAUUAAUAAGAGAACACAACAGACAAGAAGAAAUGAGCCAAGACACCAUUUUAAACCAAUAUGCCUCCUUUGAGAACCCUGGGCUUGAUGUUAACCCAGUUGCUAAUGAUGAAGAUUCCUUAGUAAAUACUGUCUCUAAUGUAAUGAACGGUGCAAGCAAUGAGACCGAUGCGAGUUCUUCUGAAACCCUCACCCAGGAUACAUCUGAAGGUGUUGAUAUAGCAGUGGAAGCUGUGACUGCCUAUAAAACUCAUUCAGAAAUACAUGACAUUGUAGAGGACUUGACAUGUUGUGGCUUUACAACCUCUCAGAUACAGAAGAGAGAAGAUCAACAGACUGGCGUUCAUCUAUGUUUGGCUGAUUUGCAUGAAGCAGACACUCUAAACAUCUUAAAAGAUGCCUCCGAAGUAAUAGAUUUUUUUGGGUUAAACAAAACUGUCUUGGAAACAGCUGACUGGCUGGUCAAUGACAGUGAGAUCAUUCAGACUGCAAAUCAAGACUUGGUCUCCUCAAAUGUUGAGUUUUGCACCGCUGCUUUAACCCAAACGGUUCCAAAUCUUCUACAGGGUUCAGAACAUGUAAUGGAAUCAGAAUCCAACAGAACUGAAGAUUCCAUGCUCGACAGAACGAUUGAAACAAAAUUCCCAUUGGAUAUUAGUUGGGUGCAACCGUUGACAUCUGAGACAACUGAGUCACUUUUCCACCAAUCCAUGCUUAGAACCUCACAAAUUGGUGGAAAACAUGAGAAGGAUCUCUCACAAAUGAUCCCUUACCCAACACCUGUCAUGAAUAAAGAUUUAGGGAAAUGUUCUGAGGAGAUCGAUGGUGCUUGCUUAAAGUUCACAAGAACGGAACGUGAUGUUGAGGCUGGUAGCGAGUUGUGGCUGGACGCUUGCCAGUUCUUGGCAGGUGAAGAGGUUGACGGUGCUAUUUUUGACAAGUGGGGUCGUUCCUGUCCUCCCAGCCCCACCACAGCCCAUUCAGACAAAACAAAAGCCUCGGAUUACUCCAGGAGAGAGAACAUUUCAAUUGACCACCACAGUGAAGACUGGGAGCUGAGGUUUCCACCUGUUGAGAGGUGGUCGUCCUCGGACAGCUGGGCUAGUGCACUGUCAGACUGGUUCCAGGCAGUUAACACCUAUUCAGAAGACUCUUUUACCAGCGCUAGCACAUCGAGCACUGGUCCUAAGCACACUAUGGCAAUCCAAGACAACAUUUUGGAGCAUCCUGAUAAUGCAAACAUCACUGGACAGACAAGUCUGAACCUCUCAGAACCAGAAGAAGCAGGUCAGCCCUUGAGUAGAGGACUAGUUGAGUCUGAUAACACUAAUGGAACUCUUUUUAAACAAGCUGAUAAACAAGCUGAUGAAGAUAGACUUCCUUCUCAUUCAGACUCAGACAGACAGGAUGAUAAAACGACAGAGAACGGCACGAGUUUGUCGGAGAGGUCUGAAUCCAAUAAACCAGAUGCAGCCAUGCAUAUGCUUAAUGCAACAAAAUAUCCUAAAAAUGAGGCCAGUGACAAACUUCAUGGAAAUCAGCAAAACCCUGGAGAGCUUUGGAGUACAAAGCCUGAAGGAAAUGAACUGGUAGAGGUGACCGGUGACAGAGUUUCCCAACUCGGGUUGGCCUUUGAGGAGGAAUGUCAAAGCAGUUUUACUUCUCAAAGGAUCUACACCGGCGAUAAGAAUUUAAGUGACUGUGUGAGCGGUGAGGAGUGGUGUCACGGCUUCGAUGUUGCUCUUCACACAUGUCCCUCUCAAUCGAACCGUCACGCGUCUUCUGAGGCGGGAAGUGCCGAAGGAAAUGAAACGUUUGUGCAUUUUACCACUGAGGAAAGCGGCGUGAAGCCAAAGGGGGAGGAAAAAAGUACAUUUCCACAGUUUAUUAUGCCGCUUGCUCCACUCAACACUUUUCUCCAUAGUAGUUUAUUGAAAAGUUCACAGGAUGAUCUAGAUUUUCCACCUAAAGGGAUUAUUAAUGAGACGUGCCUUAAGAGUGAUCAAAAAUCAGUCAGUAGUGACGAUUCAUCUGAAGAUCUCUUUCAUACAUGUCCUGACCAGUCUUUAUCUUCAUCCAGUGGAGAUUCAGAUGAUCCUUCUAUCAAGGACACUAAAAGAAAAACAGAGUACAGUGAUGCCUGCGACAUCAGCAAAGAGCUUUCAAAGUUAAUUUUACUCACAGGACAGCAUUUUAUGGUGUCUGAAGACAAACAUGUUGCAUAUGUCACUCUAGACUUGGAGGAACCAAGUUUAAAUAAUUUCUCAUUGUCAAACUACGAGCAACGACCCAAAACAGACAAUAUGCCUCACAAGACUUUCAAAACUUCCUCAGAUGGUAAAACACGCUCUAAACAUAAGGAGAAACCAGCUGAGAAGCAGCAACAUGGAAUUCAGACAACAAAAAAGCAAGAUCUUCAGCCCCCAUCCCACAUAAAAAAGGACUUAAAUUCAGAAGGAGAUGGUUGUGAAAACCGCCCAGUUACUGUUAUUGAAACCAUUGUCAUCACAGAGAAGAUCGCUCCUAAAACCCAAGGGAAGAAGAAAAAGAAGCCCCCACAACAUGGGACACCAAAACCUGAAAAUGAUCUACUGAGUGACAGAAGUGGCAAGACUGAGAACCAUGACGUGAAGGUAGCAUUAAAUGGUCUAGAUAAACCAGCAUCUCAUCUUCCCACCAAAGUGGACAUUACUAACAAAGAUAGCACUCAGAAUGUCGUGUCAGUGAGACCCAAAGUAGAACCCAGUGGGAGUUUUGGUGCCAAGAUGGAUGCUGGCAAUGUAAGUGCCACUCAGAAAGCCACCCCUAUAAAACCUAAAGUAGAUGCCAGUAACACAGCCAAGGUGGAAAAUAAGACGUGCACUUCUGAUUCUUCAAGCACGUGUUUACCCAGCAUGUCGAAUGAUGAUAUCAAGCGCAGGCGGAUCGCAGACGACCUGUCUGGAGCAGUUCCGAUAAGAACGAGGCCACAGCUGCCCGCAAUUUUCCGCCAAGCAAGAAAAGACGGAGAAGAUGCGACCAGGAGAGCUUAUAGUGAGGUUGUCAAGCAGAAGACUCCAAUGCCCAAAGAAGUUGUGGUUCCUCGUGUAAUCUCAGAGAUCCAGGCUGACCCAGUCCCCGCUGACCCUCAGAACAUCUUGCUUUGGUGCAAGUUCAGUCCCGUCCCAACUGAUGCCACCAUUAAGUGGACUAAAGAGGGAACAGUGCUGUCAGAGAUAAACAAAAUAGAGAAGGAUGAUGGCCGCUUCACUUUGACAAUCCUAAAGGCUUGCAGUAAAGAUUUAGGGCUGUAUAAAUGCAGCCUGAGUGCUGCCAACAUUUCUGUUUCGACCUCAGAGUACCAUCUCACGUCUGAGGUGCUUAUGGAACUAGUCAUUCCGAGUCAUGAUCAGCCAGCUGAGCCCAGGGUUGUGGACGGCGAUGAGGAGAACAUCCAGUGCAGCCCGCUUCUCUUUAAGGAAGAUUUUCUCUCAGAUCAGUACUUCGGAGAGAAUCACCCAGCGAGCAUCGUGACCGAAAAGGUCCACUUCGGUGAAGGCAUGCAUCGCAAGGCUUUCAGGACCACUCUUAGAGAAGGCAAUCUGCCGAGCUUCAACCCCGGCCAUCCCUGCGUCCUGAAAGUACACAACGCCAUCAGCUAUGGGACCAAAAAUAAUGAGGAGCUUGUCCAGAAGAACUACAGCCUGGCGGUGGAGGAAUGUCACGUGCAGAAUACCGCCAGGGAAUAUAUUAAAGCAUACAAUAGUGUGGCCAAGUCUGCAGAAGCAUUUGGAGAGGUGCCAGAAAUCAUCCCUAUUUAUUUGGUGCACCGGCCAUCUAAUGACGUCCCUUACGCCACGCUGGAGGAGGAGCUGCUGGGAGAUUUUGUGAAGUACUCUGUGAAGGACGGGAAGGAGAUCAACUUGAUGCGCAGAGACUCUGAGGCGGGACAGAAAUGCUGUGCCUUCCAGCACUGGGUCUAUACACAGACCGAAGGCAACCUGCUGGUCACCGAUAUGCAGGGUGUGGGGAUGAAACUGACAGAUGUUGGGAUUGCCACCUGUAAAAAAGGCUAUAAGGGGUUCAGAGGAAACUGUGCCACGUCCUUCAUCGAUCAGUUCAAGGUUCUUCAUCAGUGUAACAGGUACUGUGAGAUUCUGGGCCUGACGUCUCUUCAGCCCAAGCCCAAACGGACCGUCGGCCCGCCAAAGCCAAAAACACAGCCCGCACCCAAGAAAAAAACCUUCGGCCCCGUUCUGAAGGGCAAAUCCUGAUGUCUUCUUGUAGGACGUUGGCCGUUUUCUUGCUCAGGGACAAAUGUGUUUCUGAGAUGUUUCUUUAAAAGUAAGAUGACAUUCAUCUGUAAGGACAGUAGGGAGGUUACUUCUUUCUUGAGAGCUCUCUUGCGCUAUUAUAAAUGAGCUUAUUAUUUUUAUUUCAUUUUGUAUGUAUAUUUUUUUUAAGGGGCGAGUUGACUUUGAAUCGAUGCAAUGCUUUUUCAAUGUAAUAUUUUUAGUGUAAACCAAGGAAAUAUCAGCUACAGUAUUUUCUCCUGGUUUGUUUUGUUGAGAAGUCGUGCCUGUGGUGCUUCCGUCUGAUUCUUUAAUAUUAGCCUGCUGACGCUACUUAUGAUUGUUUAUUAUAAUAUGUGCAAUAAGUACUUAGUUCAUCAAACUGCUCAAUCUUAAACAGACAUGUACUUUACGAGUGAUAUUAACGUACCGCUUCUCAUUUUCAACGUUAAAAUACUUUUUCACGCGCAUUUUUAACGAGUUUAAUAUUUAUUUUUUGGUGAAUUAUGGAUUUGUUAAAGUUCAUCCGCUCUGUUUCUGGGAAGGAAGGACGAGGUGGUAAAUCUGAUACUAUGGAAAGAUUUGUACACUUGCCCUAGUAAACAGCUGUUGAUUUGCCUCAGUAAGAAUGACAAUCCUCCACCUUCACGUUUCCAUCAUCCUCCUAAAGUCAAAUGACUUAUUGCUUCAUUGCUAUAUAUAAGCACACGCGUUUCAAGCGUUUGUCCUGUUCAAGUUAACGAACGGCACAAAUCAAUCACCUGAAAUUAAAAACUGUGAUCGUACUGUAGCUGCUUUCUGCCAAUCUAGUCUUAUCUAUUUGUAGUCUUAGUGAUCGUGGAUUGAAGGUCGAAGGUUAUCAGUUUCUUGGCUUCACUGAACUGCAAUACACUUGUAUUGGGUUUGAAUGGUAUAUUGUGUAUUACGUUUUUUUCUUUUUCUUUAUAUGUUAUGUUGUGUAUUAACAAGUAGUUUUUUUUUUCCUUUGAGUCGUCUGGGCUUUAAUUUAAU